GAAAAAUCCUCGGAAAAAUAUUGGAAGAAUUAAAUCGUUCUGAACGACACCGUUUAAAGUUUGAAAACGGUGUGAUACUUCCUCACUCUAUCUUCUUCUGAUUCAGUAAAAACUACACACUCACCGCAUAAAUGGCUGCAACUGCUUCUGCCUCAUUCUCUCGCUUCUCUGUCAUCUCAAAACCACCUUCCCAACCGCAAUUCUUCCUCUUCAGCUACCCUAAUCGAACCGAAACAACCGCAACCCGGUUCAGAUGUUCCGCCGGUCAGACCGGGUUAUUCUCGAAACUAGGCCGGUUGCUAAAGGAGAAAGCGAAGAGCGACGUAGAGAAGUUAUUCUCCGGUUUCUCCAAGACUCGCAACAACCUCUCCGUCAUUGACGAGCUUCUCCUCUACUGGAAUCUCUCUGACACUGAUCGAGUCCUCGAUGAACUCGAAGAGGCUCUUUUAGUGUCUGAUUUUGGUCCAAAAAUUACUAUAAAGAUAGUGGAGAAUUUGCGUGAGGAUAUACUUUCAGGGAAGCUUAAAUCAGGGAGUGAGAUAAAGGAAGCACUGAAGAAGAAUGUUUUGGAUUUGUUAAGCAACAAGGGAAGUAAAACUGAACUUAAACUUGGAUUCAGGAAACCAGCCGUAAUAAUGAUAAUUGGUGUUAAUGGUGGUGGGAAGACAACAUCUUUGGGAAAGCUGGCUUAUAGAUUGAAGAAUGGAGGUGCUAAGAUAUUGUUGGCAGCUGGUGAUACAUUUAGAGCAGCUGCUAGUGAUCAGCUAGAGAUAUGGGCUGAAAGGACCGGGUGUGAGAUCGUUGUGGCUGAAACUGAGAAAGCCAAAGCAUCAGCAGUGCUUUCAAAGGCUGUAAAAAGAGGAAAAGAGCUAGGUUAUGAUAUUGUAUUAUGUGAUACGUCUGGACGUUUACACACCAAUUACAGGCUAAUGGAAGAGUUGAUUUCUUGUAAAAAGGCUGUUGCUAAAGUAGUUGCUGGUGCACCCAAUGAGAUCCUACUGGUUCUGGAUGGGACUACUGGUUUGAAUAUGUUGCCACAGGCCAGAGAAUUCAAUGAAGUUGUGGGUGUAACUGGUUUAAUAUUGACCAAACUGGAUGGUUCUGCAAGAGGUGGCUGUGUGGUCAGCGUGGUUGAUGAACUCGGAAUCCCUGUAAAAUUUGUGGGUGUUGGUGAAGGUGUUGAAGACCUUCAACCCUUUGAUGCAGAAGCAUUUGUCAAUGCCAUUUUUAUGUAGACCAAUGGCAUGCUUUGGCCAUAUAUGCUACGGUUCAGAAUCAUAUAUUGACCAAGGGUAUGCAGAGCAACACUGGGUCACAAGAAAUAUAAUAUUUUAUCAUUGAAUCCAUUCUUGAGAGAGGCCAAAAUUUGUAAAUGGGGAAAAUGAUUCUGGGGGAGGAGCUAUUCUUGGUUUGGAGGCAGCUGAGUUUAUAAAAUCCCUUCACAUGUUUUGUGGUUCCCAGUUUCUUGACAAUGUGACUGAGUGAUGGGGAUUUAUUUUCCACUCUUGACAAAUAACUCGGAAGAUUUUGAUGUGAAUGAUAUUAGAAAAAACAUAGAGUGAACAAUGGUCCAUUGUUUGUCAAUAUUUGAUUAAUGGUAUGUUUUUUUCUUCCUUUCUUCAACUUA